UGGAGUUCACGUGCCUCCACUUCCGUGUUUGGUCAACAUGGUUUUCCAGGCGCGGAAGUUAGUUUUUCGUGAAGUAACCGUUUUUUGUGUGUUUUUUCUCUUUGUUUUCGGAGAGGGACGAUAUACGAAGCUUUUUAAUAAUGUGCGCGGCGUGAGGCUCAACGCGGAGGUCGAGGAGCAGUGGUUCACUCAGAAACUGGAUCACUUCAAUGGAGCAGACACCAGAGUCUGGAAGCAAAGGUACUUUGUAAAUGAAACCUUCUACAAUCCGGGAGGUCCAGUGUUUUUAAUGAUCGGUGGAGAGGGCCCGGCCAGUCCAGCAUGGAUGCAGAACGGGAUCUGGCUUACCUAUGCAGAAAAACUGGGAGCGAUUUGCUUUAUGCUGGAACAUCGUUUCUAUGGGAAGAGUCACCCUACGCCCGAUCUUAGCAACGACAACCUACGCUUACUCAGUAGUCGUCAGGCAUUGGCCGAUCUGGCUCAUUUCCGCACCAUGAUGGCGAAGACUCGAGGGUUGUCAAACAGGCAGUGGGUGGCAUUUGGUGGGUCGUAUCCAGGAUCCCUUGCUGCUUGGUUCCGGCUGAAGUACCCUCAUCUGGUACAUGCCUCUGUGGCCACCAGCGCACCCGUCUAUGCCACAGUCAACUUCCCAGAAUACUUGGAGGUUGUGUGGCGCUCACUGGCCUCAGGAAAUCCGGCAUGCCCCACCAUGGUGAAGAAGGCCUCUGAUAUCCUCGUGGCACGCCUAAAAGACCCAAAGUCCUACGACAACAUCACCAAAGAUUUCAACUUGUGUUCCAAACUGCAGAUUGAGACAGAGAUGGACUCUGCCUACUUCUUGGAAACAUUAGCUGGGAACUUCAUGGAUGUGGUUCAAUAUAAUGAAGACAACAGAGCAUUUGAGGGCACAUUAGGAACCAACAUCACCAUCAAGGUGCUGUGUGAUGUGAUGGCUGAUGCUUCGUUGGGGGACCCUUAUGCCCGCUAUGCUGCUGUGGCCCGCAUAAUGAUGGACACCUUCUCUAUGAAGUGCCUAGAUGUAAGCUACAAUAAUUACCGCCAAGACAUGACAAAUUCUUCCUGGGAUGGACCAGCUGCAGGGGGAGGGAGACAGUGGGUCUACCAAACCUGUACUGAAUUUGGAUUCUACCAGAGCACAGAUUCACCCAACCAGCCAUUCACUGGCUUCCCUCUCCAGUAUUUUGUCAAACAAUGUGCAGAAUUCUAUAACGUCAGUGCUGAGCAGCUGAUAGAUGCCGUGGCCCAAACUAACGAGUACUUCGGCGGUUAUGAUAUCUACACGACCAGAAUAGUUUUCCCCAAUGGGUCCAUUGAUCCUUGGCACGCUUUGGGGAUUACAGAGGACAUCUCACCUGACCUCCCAGCCAUUUUCAUCAAAGGAACAGCCCACUGUGCCAACAUGUAUCCUGAGAGGAGCCAGGAUCCCCUCCAACUGGUUUUGGCCCGGGACCACAUCUUCCAACUCCUCCAACAAUGGAUGAAGUCAUGAAUGAAACACAAACCUGCCUGUUGCGGAAAGCGGAAGGAACAAAGGUUUAACUGAAUAAAAAAAAAAAAAUACUGCUAAUAAAAAUACUCAGUCAACAUUUAUGUCCAGAGUGAGCAAUUUUUGCUUCUUUGCCUCAAAUUAU